AUGGCUCCCACUACUGGAGAGACCGUGACCAUUGCCAUCCGGCGUCCCACCGAGACCCCCGCCAUCUUCGUUGCUGGCUCCUUCUCCGAUCCCAAAUGGGAGCCCCUGGAGCUCAGCGUGAAACCCUUAGAGCACAAGGACGCUGACGGCAAAGCUACCACCGAAUAUCUCUUCUCCAGAGACGUGGAGUUGCCCGAGGGGCAGUUCCAGUAUCGCUUCCGCGAAGGUUCCGACGGCCCGUGGUUCCACGAUGAAGCAGUAAAGCAUGCUGCUGAUGACGAAGGCGUGGUUAACAAUAUCCUCACUGUGAGCUCGAGCCCUUCCACGACGGCUACGCCGGUUGUUCGGGGAGAUAAGGCUGUCAAGGAGGAAAGUGAGACCCCCGCUGUGAAUGGCGUCAGUGAUAAAGUGGAGGAAUCCGAAUCCUCGAAGGAGCCCGAGGUGACAUCUACAUCAAAGGCUGAGACGGUAGCGGAUGAGGAGCAGAAGCAGAGCGAGGUCCCAUCGACUACGGAGAAAGACCUGCCUGCUGAAUCUGAAUCGGCUGUGAAAGAAGAGAAGGAGUCGGUGCCGGAGCCGUCGAAAGACACAGACGCCAAAGAUGACGCUAAAGCAGAGCCUGCCACCGAAUCCACUGCUCAACCCGAAACCAACGGGACAGAAUCUACGGAGCAGCCAUCGGAAACGAAAAAUGACACUCCAGAAGCGGAGAAGGCGGAGACAGUAAAGGAGACAGCUGUUGAAGCUCCCGUGGAAGCGGUCAAGGACGAGGCACCCAAGGCUCAAGAAACUCCCGACACAUCCGCCGAGGCUGAGAGGGCGACAGUAGAGGAGGAGGUGAAUAUCGGGGAUAAAAAGAAGCAGGAAGCUUCGGAGUCGGUUGUCAGCGUGGCUGAAGAGAAGCCAGAAGCCACCAAGGACGCGGAAGAGCCAGCCUCGACUGCGGAAAAGUCUUUUGCGGAAGUUGCUGCAGCUGAACCGGUGACGGAAGAUGCAUCUGUUGCCGAAUGCGCCCCCGAAGAGUCCUCUGCCACUGAAUCAGCAACCGAAGCAGUUCUUACUGAGGCACCAGUCACUGAGCAGCCUUCCGAGAUCACCGAGGAAGCCAAGCCCGCUGUUCAAGAGUCUCUAGAGCAGAAGGAAUCUGAGAGCGCUGAGGCUGAACAGCCAACACAGGAAACCGCCGAAGAAAAGACGAUCAUCGAGCCCAAUGAAGCCCCCACUGCUGAAGUCUCGGCUAACGAAGCUGUUGUCGAAGAGCCCGCUAAGGAAAUUACCCCUGAAGUGGUUAUUGAGGAUUCUAAGAAGGAACUUGACGGAGUGGCGCCUGCCGUAGAUGAAAAGCCAGCUGAGAAGGUCGAAGAGACCAUCGCUGUUGCUAAGGAGGAGCCCGCUGCCGACGAAUCCGCCAAGGAACCCGUCAGCGAAGAAGCUUCGAAUCAAGAGACCCCAGCUGAAAAUCCUGCAGCUGAGACCUCGACUGAGGAAGUCGCUGCUCAAGAACCUGAAGUGGAGGCCGAGAAGCCAGCCACUGCUGCGGAGUCUGCUAAAGAGCCUAUCAAUGAUGAGCCUGACGUUCAGGCCGUUCCUAAUGAAGAGUCCACCAAGGAGACCAGCGCUGAAGUGGUAAUCGAUAAGGAACCUAAAGCGGAGACGACUGAAGAGCCUGUCCAAGAAGUCAUCGCCAAGGGAGUUGAAGCACCCGUGGUCGAGCCCACAGCCACCGAGGAGCCAAGCAAAGAGCCCAUUCUCGAAGAGAUAACACCUGAGGCACCUUCGAAGGAGGCUACCACCGAAGCGACGACCGAUAAGGAGCCUGAAGUGCCCGCUACUGAAGCGGCCAUUGUGACGGAGGUUGAGGCGCCAGUGGUGGAACUUGCUGCUACCGAGAAGCUUGAUGAUGAGCCGAAACCCGAGGAAUCAAAGCCCGAGACCCUCACUGCCGAGGAGCCUUCUAAGGAAGCCACCCCUGAAGUGACGACGGACAAGGAGGCUGAAGCGCCAGUCGAAGAGCCUACCGCUGCCGAGGAGCUUGACAACAAGGCAGAACCUGAGGAGAACAAGGUCGAGACUCUGCCCACCGAGGAAGUUUCCAAGGACACGACAGCCGAAGUAACAGCUGCUGAGGAACCUGAGGCGCAGGCAGCAGAAGCACCCGCUGUUGAAGAGACACCCAAGCUGGCUGAGGCACCAGUGGAAGAGCCUGCUGUUACUGAAGAACCUGCCAAGGAGACUGUUGCCGAGGAGAGCACAGCUCAACCUGUUUCUGAGAAGGAGCCUUCCAAGGAAACCACAGCCGAAGUAACCGCGGAUAAGGAGCCUGAGGUCCAAGCAGCGGAAGAACCUGCUGUCGAAGAAACUCCCAAGGAGGCCGAGGCGCACCUAGAAGAGCCUGCAAAGGAGGAGGCCGUCCUCGAGGAGACCACGGCUGAGAAGGAGCCCUCCAAGGAAGCAGCAGCUGAGGUGACCACAGAGAAGGAGCCUGAAGUCCAAGCAUCGGAAGAGUCUGCUCCUGAAGAGACGGCCAAGGAGUCUGAGGCCCAGGUGGAGGAGUCUGCUAAGGCGCCCGUUGUUGAGGAAACCACCGCUGAGCCCGUUCCUGAAGAGGAAGCUGCGAAGGAGGCGACUGAGGAGACAAAGGAGCCUACUGUUGCCGAAGUACACGUCGAAGAGCCUACUGAAGCCGUUCUUACGACUGAGGAUGUGGCCGAAGACAAGAACGCCCCCCAGGAGCCCGUUGUCGAGGAGCCCUCCAAGCCUUCCGAAGUGACGGAAGCCGAGGCUCCCAAGGCUCUCGCCGAGGAGCCUACAAUUGAAGCUGCUCCUUCCAGUGAACCUCAGGUGGAAGCGCCCAAGGUCGAGGAGUCUGCAGCCAAGGAGCAAUCCGUUGAGGAGCCCGCAAAGGAAGCCGAAGUUGAAGCCGAUGAGGAGAAGACCCCCGAUUCCAAGGAGGAGGCCCCUGCCGCCGCCGAAGUACCAGAGGCUAAGGUUGUUGAGGAGGCUGUCCCUGAAACCGCUUCUGAUUCCGUGCAGAAGGAAGCUGUAGUUGAAGAGCCUGCUACAGCCGAACCCGUCUCCGAAGCUAUCUCUGCAGUACCCGUUCUAGAGACUAAUGCCACCGAAAAGAAGGUAACCGAAGAGCCCGCCAGUGAACUCGCUGAAGCAUCUACGACACAAGAGCCAGCUCCUGAGGUUGCGACUGUGGAGGCACACGCACUGCAGGAAGAGGUCGUUGAAGAGUCUACUUCUGCAGACAAGUCGGAAGCGCCUGCGAAUGAGUCUUCUCUUUGCAAGGAUUGUCCCCCUGAGGAUCGCGCUGUGGAGGAGCCCGCUACCAAGGAAUCCAGCAAGGAGCCUGUCACCGAAUCCACCCCUGCUGAACCAAACGUUGAAGAAUCAACUGCAGUAGAAGAAGCCGAACCCGAGGUUGCCAAGGAAUCGGAAGCCCCGGCUCCUGUUGCAGAAGAAUCGGUUGAGGUUGUUGUUCCUGAGGAACCGGCUGAGAAGGAGCCCAGCGAGGAGGCAACUCCCAAGGAGGUCUCCACAGAGGAAUCUACUCCCUCCAAGUCCGUCAUUGAAGAACCGGUUGCUGAACAUCACGUUAGCGAGGUUACCGAACCCGUCGAGAAAAAGUCUGACGUCGCGGAUCCUGUUGAGAAUGGAAUCGUUGAGGGAACGACCAAAGAGCAGCCGGAGGAGACCUUGGUGGAGCAGGAAACCCCCAAGGAAUCCAUUGUUGAGGAGGUUGUGGUUGAAGCACCAAAGCUGGAUACCACUGCCACCGAAGCAGUUGCCGAGACUCCCGCUGUUGACGAACCGGUCGUCAAUGAUGAAACCGAGAAGGAGCCCGCUAAGGAGGCUGUUGUUGAGGAGCAAAGCACCAAAGAACCUGCCGCAGAGGAACCCAUCGCUGAGGCAGCUGCCGUGGAGGAACCAGUGGCCGAGAAGCAAGUUGAAGCCCCCGCUGUGGUUGAGCACGUCCAAGAGGAGGAGAAACCCGUCGAGAAACCUGUGGCGGUUGUUGAGCCACAAGAGGAAGUCGCAGCCGAGCCGGCUGUCACUCAGGAUCUUGCCGAAGACCCCGUCGUCGUCGAUGAAGUUGCCAAGGCCGUUGAGGAAACAGUCGCUGCCGAGCCUGUCACUGAGCCUGUCACUGAGCCUGUCACUGAGCCUGUCACUGAGCCUGUCACUGAGCCUGUCACUGAGCCUGUCACUGAGCCUGUUGCUGAGCCAGUUGCUGAGCCAGUUGCUGAGCCUGUUGCUGAGCCUGUUGCUGAGCCUGUUGCUGAGCCUGUCACUGAGCCUGUCACUGAGCCUGUCACUGAGCCUGUCACUGAGCCUGUCACUGAGCCAGUUGCUGAGCCAGUUGCUGAGCCUGUUGCUGAGCCUGUUGCUGAGCCCGCCGCUGAGCCUGUGGCUAAAGAGAUCACUGACGAGCUCACCAAGCCCGCGGAGGAGACAGUCAAACCAGAGCCUGUUGCUGACGUUGUCGCCGAUACUGUCGUCGAGUCUGCCCCUGAACCUGUCGUUGAGCCCACGGUUGAGCCAGCCUCCGAGUCCGCCAUCCACUCUACCAGUGAGCCUACGGCUGAAACGAACGGCGUGGAGCCGACCGCUGAGAAAGAAAGCGAUAUUCAGGUCUCUGAGGUGGUUGUCGCUCAACCCGAGCCUACGGUCGUCGAGGAGAGCCCUGAAGAAAGUGCGUCAAAAGGACUUGUCAACGGUGUCGUCAAUGGCCCCGAGGAGACCGACAAAUCUGCGCCUUCUCAGGACGAUGAACCCAAGGACGAACAGGUGCCAGCAGCUUUCACCGAAGCUGAGGCUGUAGUCUCCACUGAAGACUCCUCCGCCGAGAAAGACGUCGAGUCUGCUCCUGUUCAGUUCACCUCUGCCCAGGAUGCAGUCUUGGAGCCCACUGAAGAGGCUGCCCAACCCCAGGAAGAGAAAGACUCGAUCAUUACUCCCGAGCUCAUUGGGGCUGGCGCCGCAGCUGCUCUCGCCGCAGGUGCUGUUGUUGUGGGAGUUGUUUCCUUCUCCGCUGCCGAGCCUAAAGACGAUGUGACCACCAAGGCCACUAAGGAACACGCCCAACCUGCUGCCAAGCAAGAGCCUUUGCACCUCCCUCCUGCGCCUCAAUUCACCAAUAACAAGCAAACAGAGCUGUCCACCUCGAAGGGCAUGCCGACUCCCGAACCGGAAGCUGAUCCCGCUCUUGCAGCACUUGCUGGUGAUGGCGAGGCUCUCCUCCAGAAACUGGAGCUGCCUUCUACGGAACAGCUGCCUACGGCAUCUGCUCGGUCUUUGCCUUUCAACGAGAACCAGAAUGUGAAGCAGACCGUCCCGGAAAAUCAGGCGGCCCCAACCACAACGGAGUCUGCCACUCCAGCAGAAGACGACGACAAAGCCCUUGCCAACAAGAACAACGAGAACAACGAGGACUCUCGUUCUCCAAGUCAAAAUCGGUCAGUCACUGCUGUUUCUUUGAACAAUAAGCGGGACAGCUGGUUGAGGACAAUUUUCCGUGCCGUCUUCGGCAACUUCUUCGGCGCCAUCUUCUCGCCCUUCCGCCGUCGUGGAACGGCGGCCCAGAAUUUCUUCUUGAUGACUGUUAUCGCUGCCCCAUUGCUAGCUUUUGUUUGGAGUGCAUAUACCCGAUAA